AUGAAUCUGGAUCAAUACCAAUUCCCUCAACCAAGGGAGAUCAAUGCCAAAAAGAGAGUGGCUCAUUACUGGCUUCGGUUCUUCAACAUCCUCUCAAUCUUGGUGCAAGUUUUUGUGUCAAUGAAAAUACUCAGAGAGCUUGAUCACUCAGAGAUCUUUCUGGUCCAUGUCUUAUCAAUUCUGUGGAGCUUAAUAUAUCACCUUUCUCCUCCUUAUGGAAGAUCACCUUUGUUCAUCACCUUCUCAUAUGUGAUCUGUUCGGUAUCUUUUUGUGCUACUUGUUUCAAUGCUUUGCAAGCUAUGGAAGCAUCUGACAAUUUUGCACAACUAAUGAUUAUAGUCAUAACUCUUGUGCUGACUCUUCCUGCUUUGACGACUAGCUUAACUUUGAUCUUGCUCAUCUUCUACGAAAACGAGGAAGUGCCUUCAAAUGUGAUCUAUGUGUCAGAAGAUAUGAUUGUUACAACAGUUCAAAAGGAUGAUUCAAAGUCACAGAUAUAUCAGAUUUAG